AAUGAAUUUCGGCAGGAGAAGAAAAGAUGCUUUGAGGAUUAAAAUUGAGCCUGAAGUCAUUAGAGAAAAAUCACACGUAAUGAAUCUUAGACAAAUUUCGAAGCAAAAAUAGAGAACUUCAGAACCUACCAUCAAACUCCACUAUCAACAUCGAGGAUAACAAGCCUGCUUUUGAUUUCCUAAAGAUUAAAGGAGCUCCUAAAUUCUACGAUGAUCCUGAUUCAAAGACUGCUGGGCUACGGAAAAUCACAAAGCCUGUAUUUAACCAGCUAAAACAGAGUAUUUAUGAUGUAAAGAGUGGUAAUCCCAUGUUCGGAUUCGCCCCGAUAGCUUUUGAUAAGGAAAAAUAAGGACAAAUCUGGCUGGCACCUCCUCUACAAUGAUAUCAGGAAGAAUACCAAGGGCUAUUCAGACAAACUCCAGCUUGCUAGAGCAAUUACUAUGAUCCAUGAUGAGAGCCAAAAGUAUCAGGAAGUUUUAAGAGAUCUGGCUAUUGGGAAAUAAAAUUACUAUGAAAAGAGACGAAAAAGUAGACUUCCAUGAUUCCAUCCUGUCUCAGAAGGGGAGCAAUGAUAGUCAUAAACAUCCUAGACGCAGAAACAAGAAUCGAAAAAACCACUAUAGAAAACAACACAGACUUGAGAAAGUUAUACACUUGAUGCCUCAUGCUCAUAGAGAUGAAACUUUUAAGAAUUUUGAUAAUACUGGCAAAGAUCCAGACAACAUCAGCACAAAGAGUAGUAGGCUUAAAAAGAAUAGCAAGAAGAAACAAGAUCAGUUUCUUGAUAUUCAAACUAAAGAGAAGAAGUACCCUGGAGCUUCUCCAGCAUCUCGGAACAACAAAGUUCCUGAGUUCUUUCAUAUAGAUGACCAAAUUAAGCCUUGUAAUAGUCUUACCAGUGUCACGAACACCAUCCCAGAAUGAACCCAAUCUGAGGAGGGCAAGAUAAGCGCAAAUGUAAAACUCAGCCUAAUUGUCACAAAUCCUGAACCUAAAUCGAUCUUGAAACUAUCAAAAAGAAAAUAACUCAAUUGAAAAAAGGAUGAAAAUUUUUAAAAGCAAGUAAAACUCAGAAAGCUAGAAAAAAUCUGAAUAAAUUCAAAAUAAAGUUAAUCCCUUCUCCAAUAUCACCAAAGGUUGCUCCUCAGAAGGGGUUUAAAAGACCUUCGAACAAGGAUAUAGAAGUAGCGUUUCCUAAGAAAAGCCCUAGGACUGAGAGGAGGAAGUCCUCCUUUAUGAUAAAUAAAAGAGUUACACAGAGGUUGUAUCCUCUCAGUCAAGGAGUCGUCCGCAAACGGUUUUCUAAAUAUUUAGCCAGAUUCGAAAGGAUCAAUAACUCUGUUGAGCAGUUUCGAAAAACUUUUGUGAAGAAGGAAAUCGACCAGAUAGAUCAGUUUGAAGGGGUUAAGAAUAUAACAUUUGAUGGGUUUAAAACCCAGAGAGAGAAUGUCAUGGUUCAUAAUCAGAAAUUUGAAAUACACACAGAAGGGAACAUAACUAGGAGAGUAGAGAAAGAUAGUCUAACACAGAAAAAUUUUCAACUUGAAAGAAAAAUCUUGAGUGGAAGGAAUUCACGAAAUAGAUAUGCAAAGAAGAAAUGGCUUGACUUAAACCCAGUGAAUCCUGCAUCAAGCAGGCCUUCUACCUGAGGAUCAAUGGAGGAUUUAGUUAAUGUUUACUGUAAAGUAUCAGAAGGAUUACUAAUCAGAAGACAUUAUAGGGUUAAAUAA